AUGGUCUUACAGGAAAAAUCUGCAAUCUAUAGAGUAGAAUUCUCAACAGCUGAGGCUAAUAUUCAACCUUUAUACGUGUAUCCCAGAAAGGAGCUUUUCGUUGAACCUAGAGACAAGGCUACGCAGCUCAAGUCUGAGGAGUUUAUGCGGGAAGACUAUGAUAAAAAUAGUAGCCGUCUAUGCAUGCUAAAAAAAAGCUAUGAAAUAAGCGAAAAUGUUACCAAAAAGUCGAGAUCUACAUCACCGGCCAGGAAAUCUUUGCGUGUCUACAAAGAUGAGCUAAGUUCAGAGAGACCCAGUUCUGUUUCAAGGGCAGAGCGUGUCAGAACUGAUGGUAUCAUCUAUGUGGAAUUCAAUGGAUACAUGCUGAAAAUUCGCUGUGAUAUGCUACAGACCAGUAAGUUAAGACAGCCGGCCUCGAAAGAAAUUAAGGAGAUAAUCGAAAACUUGAAUAUGGAGACUACAGACCAGCGUAAGAACAAGGCAGAAGUAGUGACACGCUGCGGCAACGAUUUAUUAAGAGUCACUUUUUCAAUGGUAGACAUUAACGUCGAAAGAGCUUAUCUUAAGGAGGAUGUGGGGCUACAAACUGAAUCAGAAAAUGUCUAUCUAAGAGAUAGAAACCUAAUCACUGGCAAGACCAACUUUAUUUCAGUGCCCGAGUCAACCUAUAAUUACGAAGACCCAAUGAAACAAAUCCAUUAUAUCCACCUCAGUUUUCAAGGGACUGAUGCCAUCCCCCUCUGGAAAUACAAUCUGAUGCAAGAAAGAAUUGCCAUUGCAAGAGGAUCUGAGGAGUUGAAAAGAGAUCAUGAAAAUGCUUAUAAGCGAACUCAGGGAUCAAAACUCAUAUUUGAGGCUUUUGAUGCAUUAGCCACGGUGAAAAUGGGCCAGCUAUGUAGUGAAGUGGCUAAAGGUCUCUUAAAUUACGAGAACUCGAUGGCGAAUCUUCAUGCAAGAAGGUUGGGAGGAAAUUCCCUAUAUUCCAGACGUGAUGAAGAACCUGUCUUAGAAGAAAGUUCUCAGGUAAAUAUUGUGACGACUAGUAACAAUUUUAUGUUGUGA